CGGCCCGCCCCGGUGCUCGCUGGUCGCCGCGCUGCCGUUUCGCCGUCGCCGCCGCCAUGGCCGGGCUCUGACGGCCGGCCGCAGGCCGCACCCGCGCCGCGCUCCGCGGCGGGCUCUGGGCGAUGCCGAGCAGCUCGGACACGGCGCUGGGGGGAGGCGGGGGCCUGAGCUGGGCGGAGAAGAAGUUGGAGGAGCGCCGCAAGCGCCGGCGGUUCCUGUCCCCUCAGCAGCCGCCGCUGCUGCUGCCGCUCCUGCAGCCGCAGCUCCUGCAACCGCCGCCGCCCCCGCCGCCUCUGCUCUUCCUGGCUGCGCCCGGCACGGCCGCCGCCGCAGCCGCCGCCGCCGCGGCCUCCUCCUCCUGCUUCAGCCCCGGCCCCCCGCUGGAGGUCAAGCGGCUGGCGAGAGGCAAGAGGCGCCCGGGAGGGCGGCAGAAGCGGCGCCGCGGGCCCCGUGCCGGGCAGGAGGCGGAGAAGCGCCGCGUCUUCUCGCUGCCGCAGCCGCAGCAGGACGGCGGCGGCGGCGGCGCCAGUAGCGGCGGGGGUGUGACCCCGCUGGUGGAGUACGAGGACGUGAGCUCCCAGUCCGAGCAGGGGCUGCUGCUGGGGGGCGCCAGCGCGGCCGCGGCGGCGACGGCUGCCGGGGGAACGGGCGGCGGUGGCAGCGGCGGCGGCGGCGGCGGCGGCGCCGGCGCCGGCGCGGGGAGCCCGGCCUCGCCGGCGGGCGCCCAGAGGCGCGGGGACGGCCCGGAGCGCCGGCCCCGGCGGGAGCGGCGCGGCAGCAGCGGCCGCAGCAAGGAGCGCCACCGCGAGCACCGGCGGCGGGACGCGCAGCGCGGCGAGGCGGCGGGCCGCGGGCGCCACGGCGCCGACGAGCGCGGCGACGCGGCCAAGAGCGGCAGCAGCAGCAGCAGCGGCGGCCGCCGCAAGAGCGCGUCGGCCACGUCCAGCAGCAGCGGCGGCCGGCGCGACCGCGAGCUCAAGGCGCACCGCAGCCGGACUAAGGCCAAGGAGCCGCCGUCGGCCUACAAGGAGCCGCCCAAGGCCUACCGCGAGGACAAGAGCGAGCCCAAGGCCUACCGGCGGCGGCCGCGCUCGCCCAGCCCGCCGGGCGGCCGCGACGACAGCCCCGUGUCGCACCGCGCCUCGCAGGGCCUGCGGGGCCGCAAGUCGCCCAGCCCGGCGGGCGGCAGCCCCUACUCGCGGCGCGCGGCGCGCUCGCCCAGCCCCUACGGCCGCCGCCGCUCGCCCAGCUACAGCCGCCACAGCUCGUACGAGCGUGGCGGGGACGUGUCCCCCAGCCCCUACAGCAGCAGCAGCUGGCGCCGCUCCCGGAGCCCCUACAGCCCCGUGCUCAGACGAUCUGCCAAAUCCAGAAGCAGAAGCCCAUAUUCAUCUAGACAUUCAAGAUCUCGUAGCAGACAUAGAUUGUCUAGAUCAAGAAGUCGUCAUUCUAGCAUUUCUCCUAGCACACUAACAUUCAAGAGUAGCCUGGCAGCUGAAUUAAACAAGAAUAAAAAAGCCCGGGCCGCUGAGGCAGCCAGAGCUGCAGAGGCAGCAAAAGCUGCAGAAGCAGCUAAGGCUGCUGAGGCUGCUGCCAAAGCUGCCAAAGCCUCCAGUGCUUCCACGCCUACCAAGGGGAACACAGAAUCGGGUGUCGCUUCCCAAACCAACCAUGUGAAAGAUGUGAAGAAACUUAAAGUUGAGCAUGUACCCUCUCCCUCGAGUGGUGGAACUUUAAAAAAUGACAAGGCGAAAACAAAGCCACCCCUUCAGGUAACAAAGGUGGACAAUAAUCUGAUUGUAGAUAAAGCUACCAAAAAAGCAGUUGUCCUUGGGAAGGAGAGUAAAUCUGCUGCUACAAAGGAGGAACCAAUAUCUCUUAAAGAGAAAACCAAACCACUUACACCAAGCGUUGGAGCCAAGGAGAAGGAGCAACAUGUGGCGUUAGUGACCUCUACAUUACCACCUUUACCUUUACCUCCCAUGCUGCCUGAAGAUAAAGAUGCUGAUAGUUUGCGAGGAAAUAUUUCGGUAAAAGCUGUUAAAAAAGAAGUAGAAAAGAAACUCCGAUGUCUGCUUGCUGAUCUGCCGCUGCCGCCUGAGCUCCCAGGAGGAGAUGAUCUCUCCAAGAGUCCAGAGGAAAAGAGAGCAACAGCACAGUCACAUAGUAAAAGGAGGCCUAAAAUAUGUGGGCCUCGCUAUGGUGAAAUCAAAGAAAAAGAUAUUGACUGGGGAAAACGCUGCGUGGAUAAAUUUGAUAUCAUCGGAAUUAUUGGCGAAGGUACCUAUGGACAAGUUUACAAGGCCAGGGAUAAAGACACUGGAGAAAUGGUAGCCUUAAAAAAAGUACGUCUAGAUAAUGAAAAGGAAGGCUUUCCAAUUACAGCAAUUAGAGAAAUUAAAAUUCUGCGGCAGCUUACCCACCAGAGUAUUAUUAAUAUGAAGGAAAUAGUGACUGAUAAAGAAGAUGCUUUGGAUUUUAAGAAGGAUAAAGGUGCAUUUUAUCUGGUUUUUGAAUAUAUGGACCAUGAUCUGAUGGGACUUCUGGAAUCAGGCUUGGUUCAUUUUAAUGAAAAUCACAUAAAAUCCUUUAUGAGACAGCUCAUGGAAGGUCUGGAUUACUGUCAUAAGAAGAACUUUUUGCAUAGAGAUAUUAAAUGUUCAAAUAUUCUUCUAAAUAAUAGAGGGCAGAUAAAACUUGCAGAUUUUGGACUUGCUCGAUUGUAUAGCUCAGAAGAGAGUCGGCCCUAUACUAACAAGGUGAUCACUUUAUGGUACCGUCCACCUGAACUGCUGUUGGGAGAAGAACGGUAUACACCAGCUAUUGAUGUAUGGAGCUGUGGAUGUAUACUUGGUGAACUCUUCACUAAAAAACCUAUAUUUCAAGCAAAUCAGGAACUUGCACAACUAGAGUUAAUAAGCCGUAUUUGUGGGAGCCCCUGUCCUGCAGUGUGGCCUGAUGUAAUCAAACUACCAUAUUUCAACACCAUGAAACCAAAGAAGCAAUAUCGUCGAAAGUUAAGAGAAGAAUUUGUUUUUAUUCCUGCAGCUGCACUAGACUUAUUUGAUUACAUGCUCGCCUUGGACCCUAGUAAGCGCUGUACUGCCGAACAGGCUCUUCAGUGUGAGUUCCUGCGAGAUGUGGAACCUUCAAAGAUGCCUCCACCAGACCUGCCUUUAUGGCAAGAUUGUCAUGAAUUAUGGAGCAAAAAGCGAAGAAGACAGAAGCAGAUGGGCAUGACUGAUGAUGUUUCCACAAUUAAAGCUCCCAGAAAGGACUUGUCUCUGGGCUUGGAUGACAGCAGGACCAACACACCUCAGGGCGUGCUGCAGUCUUCACAGCUGAAGUCUCAGGGAAGCUCCAAUGUAGGACCUGGUGAAAAACAGACAGAUUCAUCAACACCACAACAGGAUUCUUCGAAAGCCUUGGGCGGAAUUCAGCCUUCUCAGAGCGUCCAGCCUAAAGUGGAGACUGAUGCUGCCCAGGCGGCUGUGCAGAGUGCGUUUGCAGUGCUGUUGACACAGUUAAUAAAGGCUCAGCAGUCAAAGCAGAAAGAUGCACUGCUAGAAGAGCGGGAAAAUGGGUCAGGACAUGAAGCAUCCUUACAGCUCCGGCCACCUCCGGAACCCAGCACUCCUGUAUUGGGGCAAGAUGAACUAGUUCAGCACCAAGAUAUGAGGAUAUUGGAGCUCACACCAGAACCAGAGCGGCCUCGGAUUCUGCCUCCUGAUCAGCGACCCCCUGAACCACCUGAACCACCACCAGUCACUGAAGAAGAUCUAGAUUAUCGGACAGAGAACCAGCAUGUCCCCACCACUAGUUCAUUAACUGACCCUCAUGCUGGAGUGAAAGCCGCCCUGUUACAGCUGCUCGCUCAGCAUCAGCCCCAGGAGGAGCCCAAAAGAGAAGGGGGUAUUGAUUACCAAGCCGGAGACACUUACGUGCCCCCUGCAGAUUACAAGGACAAUUUUGGAUCUUCUUUCUCUUCUGCUUCUUACGUUAGCAAUGAUGGUCUAGGAGGUAGCUCUGCUCCACCAUUGGAACGACGUAGCUUCCUUGGAAACUCUGAUAUUCAGUCUUUGGAUAACUACAGUACUACUUCAUCUCAUUCUGGUGGUCCACCUCAGCCUUCUGCCUUUUCCGAGUCAUUUCCCAAUUCAGUAGCUGCAUAUGGAGACAUUUACCUCAAUACCGCUCCCAUGUUGUUUAGUGGAGACAAGGACCAUAGAUUUGAAUAUAGCCAUGGCCCCAUUGCAGUCCUGGCAAAUAGUGACCCUUCUGCCGGGCCAGAGAGUACUCAUCCUUUGCCAGCAAAGAUACACAACUAUAAUUAUGGUGGUAACUUACAGGAAAACCCAGGUGGCCCUGGCCUCAUGCAUGGACAGACCUGGACUUCUUCUGCCCAAGGACCUGGAUAUUCACAGGCAUACAGGGGACAUAUUAGCACAUCAGCUGGCAGAGGUCGAGGUAGAGGGUUACCAUACUGAGUAUCUGUUUUUCCUCAGGCACAUCAUUUUUAUCUGGAAAGACUUUUCUAGCUGCAAUUUAAGGCGGCGAUCCAAGAGACUUGAAUAAUAUUAAUUCAACAACAGCUUUAUUUUUAUGUGGAAAGGGUCUUGCAUACAAUAGUUUAAAAAAGACAAAAAAAAGUUUGCUUAAAUUCAUGCUGUUCUAAAAACUAGAUCUAUUGAUUGUACAUCUUCACAAAUUCUAGUUAACAAUUUUAUUUUGUAUCCUUGCAGUUUUAAGUGGAUGCUAAUCUUAGGGACAUAAAAGUCUUUUUAUGACCCUCUUGCAGAUAUUCUGAACUAUGCACAUUUGUGCUUUUUUUGUAAGUUUGGACCAACUUUUAUGUAACAACCAACCAACCAACCCCUUCCUUCCUUCCAGUUUUACAGCAAUCAGAAAGGGCACUGAUUUAUUUGGUAUUUUUCUUUUUACAAAGCUACCUUUAGUCAAAGGUCACUGUCAGUCUUUGCACCUGCUUUCAGUGUUAUUGUGAAAGGUGUACUUUGUGCUCAUUUCAGAAAAUAAAACACAACCUUUCUCUUGAUCCAACAGUUUUAUAAAAAAAAAUGGUCAAUGUUAUUUUGUUUUAUUUUGCAGAGUAUCAUAGCCUAGCAAAAUGCAUUCAAAUCAAAUAGUGGGUUUUAUACUUUAAAAAAUAUGGGUGGGGUGGGAAGGGUAAGUAAGUGCCUUAACAGGUAAGCUUAAGGUCUGCAAACGGAGUUAACCUUUAUACACCCAUUUGUCUUGUAAAGGGAAUCAAUUCAUUAUAUUGAAAAGGCAGGAAGAUCUUAGGGGCUAGAUUCCUUUAUCUGUUUUCUGUCACACUUAUCCUAUCCUUCCUGUAUUUGGGCUAUUUUAGCUUCAUAACACCUUCUGUUGAUUGGGAGUGAAAACGAAGCGAGUAGAACUUAAGUUUGAGUAUCUUGGGUACUUCUGAGAAGUUCUAAAAGAUUUUGACAUUUAAAUGGUUGAAAGUAGCUAAAUGAGAAUUUUAGAGUACUACUUUAUUUCAAAAAGGAUCAUUUAUUCAUAUUUUCUUUGCCAUGAGAAUUGGAGGGCAGCAGCAUAGAAGCACAGGUUAAUCAUAAUUUGUGUAAGUCUAUUAAAGUUUACGGGGGUGGUGAACCAUAUUUUAACUCAUGCAGUUGCGUUUACAGAAAAGGUCAGCUGUUCACUUGUUAACUAGAAAACGUUACCUAGAUGAAACAAAAAGAGAAACUGUUAUCUUCUCUCCUCUCACCUUCUCUGAUGUUUAUUAUGACUUCUGUCAGACUUAGAGCAUCUUUAUUUUAACAUUAAUUAUUUUUAUUAAAAGUAAUAUGGUGGACCGUUACUUAAGCUGUAAUAGUGUCAAGCCUAGCUUCAUGUGUACUCACAGGCAUAUGCAGUUGUUAAAUAAUUACAGAAAGGAACCAAAGGUGAAUAACCAGUGUUUCCAUUAUAACUAAAUGGAAAAAUGAUCUGGAAGUGAGAGUGUGCCAAUUAACCAUUUUAUUUUAAUUGUUCUACAGGUAAUUUAUAUUCUCUUUAAAAUAUUAAUUGGAACUGUUACAGAAUAGAAGUUGCUCCAGUUUUAAAGUCAGCACUUUUUAACCCUGUGCCCAGUGUCUGACUUGCAAGCCUUCAAUUCAGAACAGUAGAUAAGAAACGCUGUAGUCUGGUGACAGUAGGAAUAUUUUAAAGUGGAUAAUUUACCAUUUUACUGGUAUAAAAUGAGUUGAUGUCAGAUGACUACUUAAUUUUUUGAUAAAAAUUUUGUUGGGAAAAUGAAUGGAAGAAAAAAUUAUUUUGCAUUUAUUUGAAUAUUACUGAUUACUAACAACUUAAA